AUGGGGCAUGACCACCAGAGAGCGCCGCCGCCCCCACCGACCCGCUCCACUCGCACCCCAGUCAAGCCGGUCACCGCGGCCAUACCGCCGGACCCUCCCGACAGGGCACACCACCACGCCGCACCACCACCAGCACCCGUAGCCACCGGCAACGGCCGGCCCGCGCCACCAUAUCCCGCGUCGCCCACGAGACGGCGGCCAUACGAGCCCCUGAUGCAGAUCCGCAAGGUCCAUCACCGCCUCCCCAAGCACGCCCCGCCACCCCAUGACAUCCAGCAGCCGCCAGCAACAACUGCCACCACCGAACCUCACCGGGCCACCACGGCCGGCCGCCGCCGCCGUCCAGGACCCGCAGCGGCCGCCGGCCCCGCGCCGCCCACAGCUCCCAGCGCCGGAUCGGGGCAUGGGAGCAGCAAGUGCGCCCCUCCAGCCAGCAGCCCGACGCGCCGCGGCAACCACCAGCCGUCGUCGUCGGAAGGGCACCCGAUGCGCCGCCGCGACCCACCAACUGCGGCGCUAGCCCGUGGAAGCAGCCCGCACCUGCGCCACACGCGGGGGACGAGAAGGCCCGCCACCGCCAGCGCCGGCCAGGCUUUUCCUGGGCGCGCCCUUGCAUAUGAUGGAUGCUGCAGCUAG